AUGAUACUAUCUCGAGUUCUACCGCUAGAGGAAGAUCUGAUCUCAAUUGAGACUGAAGAUGAUAGUGAUAGUUUUAAUGAUCUGAUUAAUGAUUAUUCACAUCUCCAUAAUGAUACCAGCCUUUAUCAGAAUGAAUCUGAGUUUCAAGCUGAGAUAAAUCGACUCAAGACUGAGAGUACCCAACGUUUCAAAUCGAAAUGGGAUGAGAUUCUAUACAAAUAUUCCGUAAUAGAUGAUGAAAAGGAAAGUGAUGAAAUUGAUUUAUCAACUGGUUUGAUAAUCAAGGAUAAUGGUCAUCUUAAAUCAUUACAAAGUGAGAAUUUGGCAGUGGGGAAUGUUAAAUUAGAUGGUAAUAUAUGGCAUCAUGAUUAUGAUGUUGACAAACAAUUAACUCAGACUAGACGAAAUGAAUUGAGAAAGAAGAAGAGAAAGCAUGCUCUUAAGGCAAGGCUAAAAGAGGAACAGAAGUUUCAUACAGUUUCUCUCGAUAAUACUCAGUUCAAUUUGCAAUAUGAUAAUCUUUCAAAUAAGAAGCGAAUUCCUCAGGAAGAUAAUUUACUUCAAUUGGAUCCAUCACCAACUAAAAAGUAUAGAUUCACAAAACUGUCAAGUCCUAUACUGCAAGAUCGCUUAAGCUACACCACUCCUACUAAGUCUAAGACACCAAUACCGACGAUGAAAAUCUCGCCCACAAAGCCUUCAAGAUCGAUUCAUCCAAGCAAUGUGUUUCUUGAAGAUUCAAAUCUACAUAUACUGCUGAGUACAAGUAAAGAAUCUAGUUAUAUGUCUCCCCAUGAAGAUGAAACAUCAGAGACUUCCCAACCAGAGUCAUCACAAGAAAAUGAAGGUAAUGACUCUAAUUCAGAUUCAGAAUUUUCCCAGAAUGAACAGGAAGAUACCCCAAAAGUAUUUCCUAACAGAAUUUCUUCUAUUAUUGAUCCUUCUGAAGAUGAGAAUGAAAACGAGGAUGAAGAAAGUUUUGAUGAUGAAUAUCUGAUUGUACUUGAUCCUCUUUACUUUGAUGAUAUCAGCAACACUAUCACUAUCUAUCAAUGUGCAUUUGAUGAAUGCUCAUAUUGUACGGGAAACAGGUCGUUAUAUCAAAAUCAUUUACUUGAGAAGCAUUCACCCGAGUUACAUUUCAUUGGUUAUCCAAUCUCACCUGUACCCGAGCAUAUACCUACUACAAUCAAAUUUAAUGAAUCACGAUUAAACAAACAAUUUCCCUUAACGUAUCCUAUCCCACCGUUCCCAGAUUCGGAGGAUGGUCAACCAUUGACUUGUAAUAAGUUAUUGGACAAUAAUAAACGAUGUCGCAGAACGUUUCUUACUCAAUCUGAUAUGUAUAAUCAUCAGAAGGAAGACGCUUGCUCUCACAAAAAGCGUGUGCUAAUGUGUCCAUUGCUUGGAUGUGGAUUUCUAACUGAAGAUGGUUAUUUAGAAUGGAGGGCUCAUUUCAUUAAAGAGAAACAUCAUAUAAGACCAAGUCAUCAAGAAUUAUCAAAAUUAGAAUAUUUUGUGCUGGAUACCAGUCAUACCGGAUCUUCAAACCAGGAUAUUCAGGAAGUAAUCAUUAUACCUGAUGAUGUGGAAGAUCUUUUCAGUGGCGAUGAUAACAAUUCAAGUGGCUUCGAAAAUUCAGCCGAUGAAGAGCUGGUUGACGAAGAGGAUGAUAGAAGCGUUUCAGAUACCAAUUAUCAAAAAUAUAGCUCACCAAUUAAAAGAGAAAUAAGACAUGUUUCUGUGACAGAACCUACUUUUACUGAUAAAGUUACCGUUAUUGAAGAUCAUGAACCUACGGAGAAUGAUUCAUUAGAUGAAUUAUUCGAUUAA